AUGUCAAUACAAUCACCUUCCGCAGGGGAGAUCGUCACACUCCCCUGUGACGGAGACCCCUCGCCAGUAUCCAAUGACGAGGCUAUACUUUUCCCCGAGGAACAAGAGAAAUCAAAGCGAGAGAAACGAGAGACUAGCAAACCAUUAACCAAGGAAGUGCACUCUCUUCAAAAAGAAUCCGAAUUCACAGCAGCAACUUUCAACGCCAAGACAGACUGUUUGAACACCAAAUGGGAACGAGAAAACUCCAAGGACAAUAAGAAGAAAGACAGCAAAACUCCUUCAAAAUCUAACCAGCAUCGUAAGCCGAAUCGUCGCAAGAAGCGCGCUUCCCAAACUUUCACCGACCGCGAGAACUUGAAAUCAGCGACCAGGAACAAAGAGACGGCAAAUUCGUCAAGUUCAGAAGCUUCCAACGAUGUUCUUGAGGAGGCUGCUUGUUUGGAAAGGGUAAAACGUCAAUCCAAAGCGCGAUUCGUCGGCAAAGACCUAGACCUGGAUAGCAGCGACGUUAGCGACAAUUUGGAUCUGGAGUUGCCAAAAACCAAGAAGUACUUGUGGUUCAGUAAGAAUUCCAAGAAUCAUUUGACCAAAGGACUCUGCCAGAUAACGAAGGUGGCUCAAGAUAAAAGCAAAACGGUCAGGUCAUUGAAGGUGAAGAAGACCACUACUUCUUGCAGUCCUCACAAGAAAUUCAGCAGAUCCUCUCUGAGAAUCGAAUCGGACAAGAUCACCAUCAAUUUGUCCAAGUACUCGCCCUGUGCCAGCCGAUUAGCAGCGAGUUCCAAGAUUCUCUCGACUGAAAGUGUCUCCAAUUCCGAGAGUCCUCUGCAUGUCGUGCACUCUCGCAGUCCCUCGCAUGUCAACGUGCAACAAGCCAACUCGCUACCCCUGGAUAAAAUGUCCAUUCAAGCCAGCUUGUCCCUGAAUACCCACCAGUUUGAGAAGACUCGUCGUUCCACCUCGCGCAGCAGGAGUGUCGGCGACAGUUGUGUCACCUCGCCAACGAGCGAAGGCACAACUCUGAGCUAUUCGCCAACAGUAACCGAAAUCUUGUCCUUGGAGGAAGUCAUACCUCAGAUAUUGGUCACGGAAGAUUCGCCAAGUUACCAGCAUCCAGAUGUCAAGCGAGAGUCAGAGAAGAGGAAGAAAGCGGCGACAGGAAAGGAGGCCACGACUCUGGAGACGAAAUGUUAGUCGGUAGUUUUGAUCGCCUCAGAGAGGUCGGAAAUAAACUAUCGGAAUUCACUUCCAUGUUAAUAAUGUUAACGAAAGAAAGACACUUAGAGAUUUUUAUGUCCCAUCGAUGCUAUCGGGUGAUGUAGUGCCAGUGAGACUAUACAUACCACAUUUAUAAGAUUUAUUAUGGAUAUUUGUACGAAAUAAAGAGUAUAUGUGUAGGAAUUCGAGAACUGCUCGUCGCUCGAUCUCGAGAACAGGGAAUGUUGUUGCGAGAAAGAAAAAACGAAGAAAACAAAAA